UGUACAAUAUUGGUUACCUGCUACUUGUGUGUUAACGAUUCGAUUGUUCGUAUUAUUAAAACAAAAUAUGUGUGUUUAACGUCAAAAGAUAAGGUUCCUUUUAUUUAUCCUUUUUUUUAAAAUAAAAAAUAAUAACUGUAAUAAAUAAUAGUAACAAAAAUAAUAAUAAAAAUAAUUGUAGUGUUAAAAUAAAAGUAGUAUUUUCUUAAAUCUCAUUUGUUAGUUUAUCAAGGUAGUAUCGAAAUGGAGGAUGGCGGUUGGAAAAGAGAGGACAUCACAAGCGAUAUGGUAAACGAAUUGCAUAAAAAAAUAUGGGAUGUGCCCCGAGCACUCAAGAAAGCAUAACUGAUAACGGAAUGGGUUCUAGAGAAACUGGUAUUGAGGCAUACCAAAAAGUGGAGCGUGACAUCGCCAGAGAAGAACAAGCAGCACCGGCCCCAUCUUUAGGUCACGAGAUGGCAAAACUAGAUCGUUUUAUUGCAGAUAUAGAAAAUCUUAUGAGUCAGCUCAGUCAAGAGCGUAUAGCGGAUGUUGAAACAACAUCCAACGACCGAUUUUCCCAAAGAUAUCUGAAUUCGAGAAUUGUAGAUGAAAGCGACAAUGCAAUUAGGACUGUCAUGGCAGAACUACGAAUAAAUUUGAAUCAAAUACUUGCAAUAGAACAUGAAGAAUUCAUUGCAAAUCUUAAUCGAAAAUCUAUAAAACUUCACCAUUUAAAUUGGUUAAGUCAAAUGAGAGCCAGAAGUGAAGAAGAAAUAUCAAAACUUAGUGUAAGAGUACAACAUUUACAGAAACUUUAUGAAAGUCAAGAACUAAUAAUAAAAAAUUUAGCCGGGAAUAAAUCAUCGAAUACUGGGCAACUAGAACGAGAAUUGGACAGGGUUCGUAGUUAUCGAGAUACGUUAGUUAGCGGAGAAUUGUCAUGGAAAGAUGCUACGUUAUUCGCACAAGACUCUGCAGAUUAUAGCCGUACAGCAUAUAAAAGUUGGCAUUCAUUGCGAACCGAAGAAGACGAAUCUAUAAGAUUUCGCCAAGCAUUAAAAACUAGAGACUCGAUGCACCAAGCAGCUCUAUGUGUUAGGAUGGCACAGACCAUGUUGCCCGGUGUUCAAUUCCCGUAUUGUACUUCGAGAGAAGUAUUCGCUAUUCUACAAGUGAUCGAAUACUUGUUUACUGAUUUGCAAGUUUCAGAAAGAUUUGGUCAUGCUCUAGAAGUUUAUAAAAGUUUUAACAAAAGAGCGACAGCUUUAACUCAGUGGCUAAAACAGACAACAGAUGAAACGAUACAUAAAGAUGUCGAAGAAGUGGACGAACGCAUCAAUGAUUUGGCAAACACGCUGAGUCAAGAGAGAACAAUGAACAGGAGUUUCGCGAGACCAAUUCAGAACGGUACAACAUACUAGGAUCUCAUCAACGUAUUGUUACCAAAUGGCUUGGCGAUACCAUAGGACCUAAAAAAGAAUAUAUUGAGCUGCAUUCAAGAUUUCGUUUGUAACUAAAUACGGUCAAAACUGUUUCAAAAUUAUAAAUAAUAUGUCUACCUUGUAUUUUUGUGUUGUUUAAGUAAAAUUCACUUUAUAUCUGUGCGUUUUAAAAUUAGUUUUAACUUAUACAAAAUAAAAAUGUAUGAUUGUGAUUAUAUAGGUUACCUAUUAUAGUGAUUAUAAUAUAAGCGAUUAAUGUGCUUACCUACCUAACCUAACCUUGAAGCUCCUUUAAUAGCAAUAAAUUUAAAUUUAAAGAUAA